AUGGAUCCGUAUAGUAGUAGUGCGUGGCAUUCGGCGGCACCACCUUCGACUUCGGUCACCGGCACGUCGGAGUUGUUCAGCUCGACGUUCGCGAUGCUCAGCGACAAUGCCACCUAUCCGGAACAAUGGAGCGCCAAACCUGUGACUCAAUCGUAUCUAUUCGAGCAGCCGCAGAUUCAGCCGAUGGCUGGAAGCGCCUACAACGAUCCGCCGGUUCGCUUCGAUCCGCCGUGCACUUAUCGGCCACCGGCGUAUGUCGCGACGGUUCCCCAACAAUACUAUCCGCCACCGGCGGUGCCGCCGCCGGCAAGAGGCUAUGAGAUCAACGGAUAUCAUCAUUCGGCCCCACCAUCGCAAUUGCUAGCGGUGCCGCAACAUCAGUUCUACGCGCAGAACGGACACGAGCAGCAGAUGCUUCCGAAUCAAUCGUCGCAGGGUCACGUGAUGCGGCCGGAGCCGCUGAGGCCCAGCGUGAACAACAACAACGCGUCGAAUGGCAUGAAGCCGAUUCAAAGUGGAAGGCAGGCGUCGACGGCAUCGCCGCGCGACGACGUCUCGCUGAACAGUCCGGCGUUGACGUCGAGCGGCUCGGCGGCGUCCGGCACACCGCCGUUGUCGAACGAGCUCGCCGGCAGCACCGAUUUGGAGUCGCCCGAUGAGGAGCGCGUGAUGUGUAUGGCGUGCCGCGGCGUCUAUCCGUCGCGUCGUUCGCUCACCGGCCACAUCGGACGCAACGAGAAGUGCCGCGAAAUCAUAGGUCGCAACUAUCUCGAUGCGGUGGCGUCAGGCGUCAAUCCGCCGGUGCCGGGCACCGAUGCCGCCAUCAAAUCGGGAGCGAUCACCACUGGACAGGAUGGCAUGUCGCCGGUGUGUCCCUAUUGCGAUAGAUUCAUUAGUCAUUAUAAGGGCAACAUUCGACGCCACAUCAAUCAAUGCUGCAAAAACACCGACGCGAUCAAGCGGCCGCGGCCCGACAAAGAAUCGAGCAAGAAUCGGAAGCGUCGAAAAACCGAAGACGGCUAUGUCGACAUCAACGACUCGUAUGAUCACUCGAUGCCCGCCGGCGGAAUGAUCUCGCCGUCGCAGAUGUCGCCACCGUCGUCGUCCUACUACCAAAGCGGUUCGGAUCUUUGCUCGCCGGUCAAUGGCUACUCGAACGGCUAUGAGGGAGCGCAUGCCCUCAACAAGACCGAGAAGCACGAGCACAAGCACAAUGCCCAAUUUCAGGACGCCUACAUUUGCGAGGAUUGCGAUUUUGUGACGGUCUACAAGGGCAACAUGAAGCGCCAUCUGAACACGUGCCAUACGCAGCCGGAAUGCAAAAAUCUUCGAGGCGUUUCCGAAUGGGACAAGAAGCUCGAAUCGAUGAGAGCGUCGAACAUGGGAAUUGUUGGCGAGAAACUUCAGGAGAAGCUCGCCACACAUAAGCAAAACUCGUCAAGAGGACGCAAGCCGCGCAAGAAGAAGGAGAAUCAGAAUUCCGAAGAGAGUGAGGUUCUCAUCGAGGACUACAAGCCGAACGUGACCAAUUCGUGUUCAUCCGAUGACUACAUUUCCUACACCGAGUGA